CUGUUGUUGCUGAUCCUCAGGAUUUGACAAGAAUCGCUUUUAAUGUUGACAGACGAGUUAAUAAUUAAAGAUGAGUACAUCCAGACUCCGGGAAAGUGAAGUGCGAAUCGCACACUCUCUGAACAGGAAUGAGGAGCAGUUUGUGGUUACAAGGAGAAAAGCUGUUCUGCAAAACCUGGCGAGACUGGGGAUUCACUGCAGUCAGGAUAAAGUGCCAAACAUUGCAUUACUGGGUUCUGGAGGAGGACAAAGAGCCAUGGUGGGUUUGCUGGGAUCCCUGGAUCAGCUUGAUAAAGCAGGUCUUCUGGACUGUGUCCUUUAUCUGAGCGGAGUCUCUGGAUCCACCUGGUGCAUGGCCUCCUUAUAUCAGGAACCAGACUGGUCCACUAAACUACAGGCUGUCAAAGAGAGAAUCGUCAGGAGACUCAGCGGUCCUGCAGUCAGCUGGUCAGAUGCAUAUGCCAAAAUGAAGGAAUAUUACAGCGGGAAAGACUACUUCAGCUUGACUGAUGUCUGGGCAGUGCUGGCCGUCACAACAUUUGUGAAAGAGAUUGACGAGAGCACACUCAGUGAUCAGAGGGAGCAGCACAAGAAAGACCCGUUUCCCAUCCUCACAGUGAUCGACAAGCAAUGCAAACAGUGUGGAGAUGGAGACCCCUGGUUCGAGAUCAGUCCACGUGAAACAGGUUAUUCCCUCACUGGAGCAUUUGUGAACACUCCCAGCUUCUGCAGCCAGUUUGAGAACGGCAGUAAAGUCAAACCUCAGCCUGAAGUGGACAUGCUGUACCUGCAAGCUCUGUGUGGCAGUGCAUUAGCAGAUGGAGUAGAGAUGGCAAAAUUCCUCUGGGAAAAAAUCAAAGAGUUCUUUAGACAUUUAUUUCCUGUGAUGAUUGAGAGAAUGAAGAGAGAUCCAAACUCCCCACCUUUACACAAGUGUUCUCAGGUGCUGAUGGAGCUAGCGGACAUGAAUAUCUGUGUUUUGAAUGGUAAAAACCCUACUGUUUUGGAUAGAUCCAUCAGAAUAAAGCUGAAUGAGCUCUCUGGAGGCAAACGUCAAUUCAUUUUUCAAGUGGAAAAACUGACUGUCCCUGAUAAAAGAGUUGCAAGAAAGAAUAUGAAUCAGUACACUUUGGAUGUAUGCACAUACUUGCAGGAUUUGCAAUUUGAAUGGCCUGUAGAUAUUAUGAUGUGGAUGCGCAUUUGUGAAUGCAUGGCUCUGUGGAUCUGGGGCAGGAAUUAUGACUUUCUCCACAACAUGACAGAUAGAGCAAUUCCCCCUGCUCUUAGGACAAGUGACACGAGAGACUAUGAAGAUGCCGGACUGUUGCUGAACUCACCCUACCUCUCAGUGCUGAGAAAAGAAAGAAACACAGACCUCAUCAUUUCUCUGGAUUUCAGUGAAGGCGAUCCUUUCAUGACAGUGAGAGGAGCUGCAGAGAUGUGCAGGAAACAAAACAUCCCUUUCCCUCAAGUCAACAUUCCUGAUCAAGACAUCAAGAAACCAAAGGACUUCUAUGUGUUCAAAGGCCAAAACACUCCAACCGUGAUUCACAUGCCUCUCUUUAAUGUGGUCAACUGUGGAGAUAAACUUGAGGAUUGGAGGACAGAAUAUACCACUUUUCAAGGAGCUUACAGCGCACAGAAGAUCACUGAUCUAAUGAACGUCGCUGGAAAAAACAUCUCGAACAACAGAGAAAGACUGAUGCAGCAGAUCCAAGCAGUCAUUGGGUAAAAGCGACACAAAAUGAAGAUCUGAACAUCAGUAGUGUGUUCAGAAAAGAGACAAAACCUCCAACGUUUGAUUCAAUGCAAAGUCAUUUUCCAGUUGCCCAUAAUGUUGACACCUUUUCUGUUUGUCCUCAGCUGAUUUAUUUCAAGUCUCUGCAUGUUUCAGUAUGAUCCUUUAUCACUGAUUUCAGUAAUCACCACAUCUGAAAAUCAAAUCAACUGUACACAAAUCAAUGGUACAAACUGAAUCAAAAUAACUUCUGAUUAAUACAUGUUGUAUCAAUCUGCUUCUGUUCAAAUUAAUUAAUAAACAGGUUUAGUCCUGUUAUUGGAAUUCAAA